GUUUCUGUCAAUGCUGGAAGAAGAAGUGUACAGCCAGAAUUCUCCCAUUUGGGAUCAGGAUUUUAUGGUGUCCAGUUCCCGAACUGGCCAGCUGGGAAUCCAGACAGUUAUCAAUCCUCUUCCUGUUGCAAGAUCUGUUUCAUACAGUGCAAGUCCUUCGUCUCUGGAGCAACCCAGCAGUGGGAACAUGAGUCCUGCUUGCAAAGUUUCUUCUGCCCUUGACCCAAACCUAGGGGAAAAGAGAAAAAAUAAUGAACCCUAUCCUCUGGAGGAUUCAAAAAGACCAAGGGUUGUAGGAGACAUUCCUAUUGAGUUAAUCAAUGAAGUAAUGUCAACAAUUACAGAUCCUGCAGCCAUGCUUGGGCCAGAGACCAACUUCCUCUCGGCACACUCGGCCCGGGACGAGGCGGCAAGGCUGGAGGAGCGCAGGGGGGUGAUCGAAUUCCAUGUGGUUGGCAACUCCCUGAACCAGAAGCCCAACAAGAAGAUCAUGAUGUGGCUGGUUGGUUUGCAGAAUGUGUUCUCCCAUCAGCUGCCUCGAAUGCCAAAGGAGUACAUCACGCGCUUGGUCUUCGAUCCGAAACACAAGACCCUCGCAUUAAUAAAAGAUGGUCGUGUUAUUGGUGGUAUCUGCUUCCGGAUGUUCCCCUCCCAAGGAUUUACGGAGAUUGUUUUCUGUGCUGUGACUUCCAAUGAGCAAGUCAAGGGUUAUGGGACUCACCUAAUGAACCAUCUGAAGGAGUACCACAUCAAACACAACAUUCUCAACUUCCUCACAUAUGCAGAUGAAUAUGCUAUAGGCUACUUCAAAAAACAAGGUUUCUCCAAAGAUAUUAAAGUACCAAAAGCAAAAUAUGUUGGCUACAUCAAGGAUUAUGAGGGUGCCACAUUAAUGGGAUGUGAAUUAAAUCCAAGGAUCCCCUACACAGAAUUUUCUGUCAUCAUUAAAAAGCAAAAAGAGAUAAUUAAAAAGCUCAUAGAAAGGAAGCAAGCUCAGAUACGAAAAGUUUAUCCUGGCCUUUCUUGCUUCAAAGAUGGAGUACGACAGAUUCCUAUAGAAAGCAUUCCUGGAAUUAGAGAGACGGGCUGGAAACCAAGCGGAAAAGAAAGAGGUAAGGAGCCCAAGGAUCCAGAUCAACUUUACAGCACAUUAAAAACCAUCCUGCAGCAGGUGAAGAGCCAUCAAAGCGCUUGGCCCUUCAUGGAACCUGUGAAGAAAACAGAAGCUCCUGGAUAUUAUGAAGUUAUAAGGUUUCCCAUGGAUCUCAAAACAAUGAGUGAGCGACUCAAGAAUAGGUACUACGUGUCUAAGAAAUUAUUCAUGGCAGACUUGCAGCGAGUCUUUACAAAUUGCAGAGAGUACAACCCCCCCGAGAGUGAAUACUACAAAUGUGCCAAUAUACUGGAGAAAUUCUUCUACACAAAAAUUAAAGAAGCUGGAUUAAUUGACAAGUGACACUGUCUUUUUUACAACCAAACAGUGUGCCUAUUUUAUGGACAGGGGAAGCCAUUAUACGUCUGCGUUGUGGGACUUGUAAGGUUUCAAGAAACUUCUGUUUAAUACUUAGCACUUUUAAAGACCCUUUUAGUUUUGCAAACGUGUAUUAUACUGAAGUUACAAACAUUAUUUUAUUAAAAUACUUUAUAAUGUAUUUAAUUACGGAAAAUUUAUUUUAUGUGCCCAUUACCGUAUAUUCAUAAUAAGUUUAUCAGCUACAGCCUCAGAAACCCCACAAAACGUGUGGGAAAUUGCACAUGUUUGGGAAUAUGAAGAAGAUUCCCAGACAACAGAUGUUAUAGCUUACCUAAUGCAGUACCUAUUUGAUAAAGGUUUUAUUAUUUU